AUAUAUUCUCCGGCAAAACUUCCGAUCCCAACUGCCUUUCUAUACCCUCAUUCACUAUUCAAAAACCGCAUUAAUGGCAAAGAGAAAGAACAAAGGUCUAACGUUGUUGUUGUCGGAGCGAAGCAUGCAUAGCGGCGGCCAUGUCCGUUCAAGGUCAUGCGCUCUACCCCACUUCCACCACUUCGACUUCCCGGCCGGAAACAAAGACGAUUCAUCGUCGCCUAGUUCCGGCAACAACUCCUUAACUUCCAGCCCGUCCCGCAGCUUCAACAACAGCAACGGAAACUUCUCUGGCGGGAGUCCUAACAGCGACGAGUUUUCCCCCGGCGGGAACUUCUCCGUCGGCUCCCCAUACGUCAGGUCCCCGUGGGUUCACCACCGCCGUGUCCGCUCGCCCCGGGACGAAACCAAUGAAAACCUAACUAAUUCCCGUAAAACACGGAACGGCCUCAUCGGAUCGCUUGUCCGAGAAGAAGGGCAUGUUUAUUCCUUAGCGGCUGCGGGCGAGCUUUUAUACACCGGGUCGGAUAGCAAGAAUAUUCGGGUUUGGAAAAACUCGAAGGAAUACGCGGGGUUUAAGUCGAGCAGCGGGCUGGUUAAAGCCAUUGUUGUGUUCGGUGAUAAGAUUUUCACCGGCCACCAAGACGGCAAGAUAAGAAUCUGGAAAUUCUUGGGAGAUGAGAAGAAAGCGUAUAAGCGGCAUGGGAGUUUACCCACCACGAAAGAUUACUUCAAAACCGCCAUUAACCCGAAAGCUUACGUGGAAGUUCGGCCAAAAAAGAACGUUCCAUGGCUGAAGCAUUACGACGCCGUUUCGUGCAUGAGCUUGGAUGAGGAACGGGGUUUACUGUACUCCGGUUCUUGGGAUAAAACGUUGAAGGUCUGGAGAUUAUCCGAUUCCAAAUGCGUUGAAUCUAUCAUGGCCCACGACGACGCGAUAAACGCGGUGGCGGUCGGGUUCGACGGGCUGGUCUUCACGGGCUCGGCCGACGGGACCGUGAAAGCGUGGAGGCGGGAAAUGACGGGCCCGUCCGGCCCGACUACAAAGCACGUGCUGGUAGACGUUUUAUUGAAGCAGGACAAUGCGGUGACGUCACUGGCGGUCAAUGCCCGGGCGUUGACCGUCUACGGCGGGUCGUCCGACGGGCUGGUGAAUUUCUGGGAGCUGGAGAAGGGCGUGAUGGUGUUCGGAGGGGUUCUCCGGGGCCACAAACUCGCCGUGCUCUGCCUCGCCGCCGCCGGGAACCUAGUGCUGAGCGGAUCGGCGGACAAGAGUAUCUGCGUCUGGAGGAGAGACGAUGGUGGGGUCCACACGUGCGUCUCGGUGCUGACGGGUCAUAGCGGCCCCGUGAAAUGCUUGGCCGUUGAAGAGGAUCACGGCGGCGACGGUGAUUACAGCUACGAUGAUGAUCAGCCGUUGAAAAAAGGUGAUCGACGGUGGAGAGUGUACAGUGGGAGUCUAGACAAGUCGGUGAAGAUUUGGAGGGUGCCGGAACACGCACCGGAUUAUUAGAAAGUUUAUGUAUGUAUGUGAGUUUUUGCAUUGGGAGGUUUUGGUUUUAAUCGCCUGAAAAAUAACUGUAAAACCCAACAUAACAGUUAUUUUCGGUUGUUUUGGGUUUGUAACUACUGCUGGUUGUUAGUAACGGUAAAAACUAAUCAACCAGUCAAAUAUUAGCCGUUUAUGUAUAAUGCAUGAAAAUUUAAAUCAAUGUUGGGUGGAUUGUUUGUAAGAGAGAUUUUGUAAUUAUAAUAUCUUAUUUCAAUUC